AAUAAAAAUGGAAGAAGAAGUUCUACUUUAGAUUCUGAUGGGACUUUUAAUUCCUAUAGGAAAGAAUGGGAAGAACUAUUUGUAAACAACAAUUACUUGGCAACAAUAAGGCAGAAGGGGAUUAAUGGGCAGCUGAGAAGCAGCAGGUUCCGCAGCAUUUGCUGGAAGCUAUUUCUUUGUGUCCUUCCUCAAGAUAAAAGUCAGUGGAUAAAUAGAAUUAAAGAAUUAAGAGCAUGGUAUAGCAACGUUAAAGAAAUACACAUCACAAACCCGAGGAAGGUUGUUGGCCAGCAAGAUUUGAUGAUCAAUAAUCCCCUUUCACAGGAUGAAGGGAGUCUUUGGAACAAAUUUUUUCAAGAUAAAGAACUGCGAUCAAUGAUUGAACAAGAUGUCAAAAGAACGUUUCCUGAAAUGCAGUUUUUCCAACAAGAAAAUGUGAGAAAAAUUCUUACAGAUGUUCUUUUCUGUUAUGCUAGAGAAAACGAGCAGUUGCUUUAUAAACAGGGAAUGCACGAGCUGUUAGCGCCUAUAGUCUUUAUCCUCCACUGUGACCACCAAGCUUUUCUUCAUGCCAGUGAGUCUGCCCAACCAAGUGAGGAAAUGAAAACUCUCUUGAACCCCGAGUAUCUGGAACAUGAUGCCUAUGCGAUGUUCUCACAACUUAUGGAAACUGCUGAACCUUGGUUUUCUACUUUUGAGCAUGAUGGUCAAAAGGGGAAAGAAACACUGAUGACUCCCAUUCCCUUUGCUAGACCACAGGAUUUAGGGCCAACAAUUGCUAUUGUUACUAAAGUCAACCAGAUCCAGGAUCAUCUACUGAAGAAGCAUGAUAUUGAGCUUUAUAUGCACUUGAACAGACUAGAAAUCGCACCACAGAUAUAUGGGUUACGGUGGGUCCGGCUGCUGUUUGGACGAGAGUUCCCCCUGCAGGACCUUCUGGUGGUCUGGGAUGCCUUGUUUGCAGACGGCCUCAGCCUGGGGUUAGUGGAUUAUGUCUUCACAGCCAUGUUGCUCUACAUCCGAGAUGCUUUGAUCUCUAGUAACUACCAGACCUGUCUUGGCCUUCUGAUGCAUUACCCACUAAUUGGGGACGUACACUCACUGAUUCUCAAGGCCCUGUUCCUUCGAGAUCCAAAGAGAAAUCCAAGACCAGUGACUUACCAAUUCCAUCCAAAUUUAGAUUAUUACAAAGCACGCGGAGCAGACCUCAUGAAUAAAAGCCGAACCAAUGCCAAAGGUGCUCCCCUGAAUAUAAAUAAGGUCUCUAAUAGCCUGAUUAAUUUUGGAAGAAAGCUGAUUUCUCCAGCAAUGACCGCCCCAGGCAGUGCGGGCGGCCCUGUACCAGCAGGUGGUAGCGGCAGCUCGUGCCCCACUGGGCUUCCCGCCAUGGUUCCCGCCGUGGUUCCCGCCAGGACCUUAGCAGAGGUCCCCAGGCAUCAUUUGCAGCAGCAGCAGCAGAGACUCAUGAAAUCAGAGAGCAUGCCUGUGCAGUUGAACAAAGGCGAUGUAGUUACAGGAAGCGAUGCUCAGGUUUCUGUUCCUGUCCAGACUCUAACUGACCUCCAAGGACAAAGUUCCAAAACCAUCAGUUCAUCCCCAAGCACUGAAAGUUUGCCUGGAGGAAGAGAAUUCACUGGCUCCCCACCUUCAUCUGCUACUAAAAAGGAUUCCUUUUUUAGCAACAUCUCCCGUUCCCGCUCACACAGCAAAACUAUGGGCAGAAAAGAAUCUGAAGAAGAAUUAGAAGCCCAAAUUUCCUUCCUUCAAGGACAGUUGAAUGACCUGGAUGCCAUGUGCAAAUACUGUGCAAAGGUGAUGGACACUCAUCUAGUAAAUAUUCAAGAUGUGAUAUUACAAGAAAAUUUGGAAAAAGAAGAUCAAAUUCUGGUUUCUCUGGCAGGAUUAAAACAGAUCAAAGACAUUCUAAAAGGUUCUCUGCGUUUCAACCAGAGUCAGCUGGAAGCUGAGGAGAAUGAGCAGAUCACCAUCUCAGAUGACCACUACUGCUCCAGUGGCCAAGGCCAAGGCCGGGGCCAGAGCAACGAAAUGCCUGGGGCCACCAAGCAGGCCUCUUCAGAAACACCAGGGUGCAUGGACAGAGGGAGUGCAGAUGACUUCAUCCUGGUCUCCAAAGAAGACGAGGGGGGCAGCGCCAAGGGGUCCUUCUCAGGCCAGUCCCAGCCUCUUCGCACCCUCCGAAGCACCUCUGGGAGAAGCGAGCCCCUGGCCCGCUCUCCUCUGGUGUUCUCCGACCCUCUGAUGGGCCCUGCCUCAGCUUCCUCCAGCAACCCCAGCUCCAGCCCCGACGAGGACAGCAGCAGCAACAGCAAGGACUCUGGCUUCACCAUUGUGAGCCCCCUGGACAUCUGACCACAGUGCCCCUGGCCUCCUUCGUGGGGACUGGCCACCCCCUCAGCAGCCCCAGGGCCCAGCUGAGGCUUCCCCAGUGGAGACCCCUCUGAAACCAACACUUCUUUCCCAGCAUGCCUGUGGCCUUUAGUGCAACCCGUCAGAACCCUCUAGAGAAAGGCAGAUGGCCACAGAGCACACAGACAGAUGUUCACCAAAAUGCAGACAGGGCUUUCAGGGCCCUAUCCCACCCUGCCUUUGCUCUGAGGUAGACCAGGGUUAAGUAUCCAGUACCAUGUUCACUGUCAAAAAAAGACCAAAUCACAAUUAGAAUCAUUUUCCCUCUAUCCCCUUCUCGCCAACUAAGAAUUGAGUAUGGCAACUCCAUUAAUUAUAACUAGAAGAAGGAAGAAGAGUUGGUUUCAAAUCUGCCCUCCCUCAGAGUGUCAGGCAUAGGAAAAUUGACGGAGAUCAAGAAGGCUUAGUCUCUGGAAAUCUCUCUCAGCCUAUUUCAUUUCUCCUUUGGGAAGCCAUACAGCAGAGCCAAAUACAACAGAAUGGACUAGAACUGGUAGAUUCCAGGGCUAGAAAAAACCCAUCACUGACCUCUCAGAAAGUUACAGUGAUCUUUAGAAACAGGGUCUAAACUUAGGAAUCCUAUUUAGGUGUGAUGGGGUUUAGAUUUUUUCUUUUGUUAAAGAGUACGUUUCCAAACCUCAGGCCAGAUGGACUCUGGCCAUCACUGUCCCUCCUCAGACAAUUGUAUUUCCCCCUUUAGAAUCUUUCACAACCAAAAAACAAAGGUCACAUUAAGCCAGUCUUUGCUGCACUGAUUUCAGAAGUCGUAAGAAUAUUACUUCUUGAAUUGGAAAAUGUGACCCUGACUAUGGGACAGAUGUCUCUCAGAUAGUUUUCUGGUGUCGUUUCUCUAGUUUUGGCGCUGGAAUACACCUGUCACCUGUCAAUUGAGAAGUAAAGGGAAAAACCCAAGCUCAUUCCCAUCCAGAGUCAGGACCUCCCAUUGGCCUUAAAGUAGCAGUAACAGGGAAUUCGACCUGGAGUCCCUUCUGGGGGAGCAGGGCUUCCCACAGAACACUCCAGACAUCAGGAAGACGCAGGACUUCUGCACAGCCCUUCCCUUGCCGGGAGCCAGGCAGAGGAGCUGCAGGGCCCGGGUUCAGUUGCGCACUGCGUCCCAGGCACCACAGGACCAGCUCUGACCCGCCCGGUGCCUUCCUGGGCUUGGGCACACAAUAGAGAGUUUCCCUUUUCAGCUGGCAGCUUAUGAAAUCUUGCUGGGCAGAA